GCGAAGGUUCUUUUGCAUGUAGUCCUGUAUUGAAAUUGCUCCAUUUUUGUAUGCAAAUCGUGAGGAUCCAGCGCGCUCUGCUGGCGGCAAACAAACUUAUAGUGCAAACACAGAAUCGCAUUGCCGACGAGUUUUUUUUCGCCAGGAAAAAUUCCUGCUCUUUGGCUGCCAAGAGAUAUGAGACUUGGCGAUAUCAUAGCAACGCUUUAAUUUGAGGUUCGUAUCGAAGAUAUUGCGGUGAGUCGGGUUUUUUGGUUAUUUGGCAGAGCAUGUAGGCGAGAAGCCAGCAUAUGCUCAGUUAGCGAAGUCUUGGUGAGCACCUGCCGUGUUACUUCUUUCGAUCUUUUUUCUGGCGCGUGACACAGUUUUUGUCUCAUCGACUAUAGAAACCUAUAUUUAAACCAACUAGAAACGAAAAGUUUGAAGCGAAAGGCUGGAGAAAUUAUUCUUGUAACAACGGCGGCAAUAAGGUCAUCAACCGCUGCUAGGAAGAGGUGGCGAGAAGUUCUUUCAAAGAUGGAUGAAAUAAAUAAAGUUAUGUCGCAUGAGGAAACAAUUCAAGAGGAGGAAAGCGAAAACGACGAGGAUGACGAAGAGGGGGAGCGAUCAGCUCACAUUCGCGAUGAUUCCGGUAACAGUAGCGACAGAGAAGGGGACCAUGCUUUGCCCCCAUUACAAAACAACGAAGUCUCGUCCCCGCCGCCACAAAUGGCAAAGUACAAGGAUCGGGUCUCUAUAAAUGUUGGCGGAGUAAGACACGAAACGUACAAAAGUACAUUGAAAAACAUCCCCGAUACUCGGUUAUCGUGGAUCGCUGAAGCUUCUGCUGGUGCCGCAGACUUCGACCCCUCGACUGGCGAAUACUUUUUCGACCGCCAUCCUGGCGUGUUUGCGAAUGUUUUGAAUUAUUAUCGCACUGGUAAGCUACACUGCCCGUUGGAUGUGUGCGGACCGCUGUUUGAAGAUGAACUAGGGUUUUGGGGAAUCGAUGACCAGCAAGUAGAAUCGUGUUGCUGGUUGACCUAUCGGCAACAUAGGGAUGCGCAAGAAACCUUGGCUGCAUUUGAGGGAGUUGAAUUUGAGAAUGAAUACGAAGACGAUGAGGAACCGGACUUGGGAAGAUACGGGUUCAAUUUUGCAGCUGAAAGCGAACCAGAUAAAACGUGGUGGGAAAGGUAUCAACCGCGAAUAUGGACUCUAAUGGAAGAGCCCCAUUCAUCUACACUUGCUAAGGUUAUCGCCUACACAACGCUUACACUCAUCCUCGUAUCUGUUGGAAUUUUCUGCCUGGAAUCAAUGGAGAAAUUUUCCGAGAAGUACCUGAAAGACCUACUAGUUAUUCUGGAGGGUAUCUGUGUGGUAUGGUUUACCCUGGAACUAAUGGUUCGCUUCGUGUUCUGUCCCGCAAAGUGCGAAUUCUUCAAAAAAAUCAUGAAUUGGAUCGAUUUCCUCGCAAUUGUUCCAUUUUAUGUGAGCCUCGGCUUCAACAAUAACAACAAUGACAUUGACGCCUUGAUGAUAAUCCGGUUAAUCAGGAUUUUCCGGAUUUUUAAGCUGUCGCGUCACUCAUCAGGUUUGCAGAUUCUUGGACACACGCUUCGUGCAAGUUUUCGUGAGUUGCUACUCCUAAUUUUCUUCCUACUGAUAGGCGUGGUUUUGUUCGCGAGUCUUAUAUUCUAUUGCGAGAAAAAAAUACCCGGGACAAAAUUUGUGGAUAUCCCAUCAUCCUUCUGGUGGGCUGUGGUUACCAUGACAACUGUUGGUUACGGUGACAUGGCGCCCCAAUCACCUUCUGGGAAAUUCAUCGGAAGUCUAUGUGCGGUCUGCGGUGUACUUACAAUCGCACUUCCGGUUCCGGUUAUUGUUAAUAACUUUUCGCUGUACUAUUCACACGCGCAAGCAAGGCUAAAGCUUCCAAAGAAGCGCCGAAGGGUUCUCGUCGGUGCUCCAAAUGCACUCAAAGCCACAGCGAUGUUAGAGAACGGCAUGAGUGGAGACUCGAACGGGAGCGCAGACAGCGGCUGCGCGGAAAAUAGCACGUCAAUGCGCAAGUGCAGUUUGAUGAUCACGGACGAGGUGGGCGAGACCCGGCCAAGGCGUCCUAUCCGACGGGAAAGUCACCUGUUCAACAACCAGUCGUCACCGCCCACUAAUGGCGAUGCUGUCAUGGGCAGAAAUAGCAUCACGGGCGGUUACGCCAUGCAGAAGAGGCGCUCCAUGAGACCCACUGUGCCCACCCUCCCUGAGGUGGAGUGAUCACGAAGCCUUCUGUAUCAUCGAGAUAAAAGAACGGUUAGUAGGAAUUUUCCUGUCCCAAAAUCUUGACGGCAACAAAAAAAAAAACAAGAUUAAGAAAGGACAAUAGAGGCAAAACAAGAAAGCAAAAGCAAGUGGGUAUCACAACAAGAACGGGGAGAUAUAAAAACACCCACAACAAUAACGGGGAAUAAUACCUAAUGCCAAAUGUCUAGAUGUUCUUCUCAGUCCCUCCAACCAAGGCCAAAUCAUGUUAUGGCGUACAGUAA